GAGCCUCCACGGGGCUGCCCGCAAUACAUCUGUGCCCAUAACCAACAUGUCCGCCGCCGCCUCCCUUGGACGGUGAGGUGCUCUCGCGGGAGACCACCCCAGCGUUGCUAGGCGCGGAGGGGGCGCGCGGGUGGCUUCUCGCGAGAGCAGCGUGAGGCGGCGACGGUGGCCAUGGCGGACGGGGCCGGUAGCAACGGGGACGCUGCGGGGCCACUGGUGGGCAAAGAGGCAGUGGAGCGGCUGAUCCGGGAGAACGGACACAUUUUCACCGAGGCGCAGUGCAAGGUGUGCAGCGCCCUGCUCAUCUCCGAGUCACAGCGGCUGGCUCACUACCAGAGUAAGAAACACGCCAACAAGGUGAGACGGUACCUGUCCAUCCACGGUGGGGAGGAGGGUGCCCACGGGAAGAAGAUGAAGCUGGAGGUGAAGCAGGACAGCAAGCAGGAAGGCAGCAAUGGGGAGGACAGGAACAAGUGUUGUCCCAUCUGCAACAUGACCUUCUCCUCUCCAGCCGUGGCAACAUCUCACUACUUGGGCAAGACUCAUGCUAAGAACAUGAAGCAGCAGGCCCCCAAAGCCGAAGAAACGGUGCCCCCACAGAAACACCCUGCUGCCCUCCCCACCUCUACUGCAUCUUCUAACGAAGAGAACAAGGACAUUACUGACCCGGACAAGUUCUGUAGCCUCUGCCAUGCCACUUUCAACAACCCUCUUAUGGCAAAACAGCACUAUGUAGGCAAGAAGCACAGAAAGCAGGAGACCAAGCACAAGCUGAUGGCGCAUUAUGGCCGAACCCCUGAUGCACCAGCAUCAUCCUUCAUGGCUGGGAAGGGCUACCCCUGCAGCACAUGUAACAUAGUGCUGAACUCCAUAGAGCAGUACCAAGCUCACAUCAGUGGCUUCAAACACAAGAAUCAGAUCCCAGGAGCAGUGCCGGCUGUCGGACCGUUCCCGCCACAGCAGUAUGUCCGGGAAGAGUCAACUGCCCCAGGAGGCUACAGUUACUUCAGCCAAGACUUCUAGAGCAAGUUGCAGCACUAUUCUUGGAGUUGUUGGUGGCCCCAGAAUGCACAUCCUUUGCCAGCCCACAAUGGUUUCAUUAUCCCUCUGGAUAAGCAAAGCCCUACCCUCCUGUAUACACCCGUUGAGCAGAACGGGGACUGAAUCUGUCAGGAAAAGGAUCCAGCUGGAAGAGACUUGCUAGACAGCAAAUACUUCACUCCCUUAGAGUAGUUUUCAUUGUGUAAUUGCUUCCUGUGAAGGUGGGUGAGGUGUGAGAGGAAGUGUGUAUCUGGUGUAAGGAGGGUUUGGCAGCAAGCUGGUAGUGGCACCUUCUCCCUGUCCCCACUCUGGGGGCCUGCCCAUCCUGCUACUGGACUGCUCUCAGAGGGACACCAGCACCCAUGGGCAUCCCCUGGUAUGACAGGAGGUGACUUGGAGCCUGGCUGUGGAACCAGAGUCGCCUUCAUGGCCAGGAGGCUGAGGAUAAAACAUGGCCCUUGUCCCUACGUGUGCCCUGGUGUUGGUGUGCUGUCAGCCCAGCUCUGCUCCUCCCUGCCCUGGGCCAGGGCUCUGGCUGCCUUGCCAGGCUGAACUCCAUUGCCUUCUGGGCUGGCAGGCGCAGGACAGAGCAUAGAGCCACCCACCAGCCGCAUCCUCCACAGAAGCGCCAUAGUCCCCUGCCCAGGCCACAGCCAGCUCUGUGGAGCCAGUUGCUCCUCCAGCAGCACACCCAGGGUCCCUGCCUCAGCUGGAGGAAGCGCAGUCCUGGCCACAGCCCCAACCACUGCCAUCCCUCAUGGCCCUGCAGGCUCCAUUGAGUAAAUCAAGUGCAGAUGUGGA